AUGGACCUUAUUGUCGUGAGGAGAUCGCUGGGAAAGGACCGCUCCUACCCCAGUGUCGGAGGCAUCUACCUCCAAGAUGAACUGGUGCAUAGGGUCCGGAUGGCAAAGGAUGGGCGCAGAGGAAAAGAGAGACUUGAGUCUUGUGAAGGCGGUCUCGGCCUCUGGGGUCCAAUGAAAGGCACGGGCAGUAGAGAAGCUCAGCAGCGUCUCCUCCUGGUGACAGUGUUUGCAUUGAGCGUUCGGUAUCAACCUGCAGAUGUCUCCCUGGCCAUCUCCAGCGGGCUUCUUAAUGUUCUGUCUCAGCUGUGUGGCACAGAGACCAUGCUGGGUCAGCCUCUCCAGCUGCUGCAAAAACCUGGAGUUUCCCAGCUGAGCACCGCCCUAAAGGUGGCCUCCACCCGCCUGCUACAGAUCCUGGCUAUCAGCACUGGGACGUAUGCAGACAAGCUAAGUCCCAAAGUGGUCCAGUCCCUGUUGGACCUGCUCUGCAGCCAGCUGAAGAACCUGCUGUCUCAGGCUGGCGUGAGUCAUUUGUCUGCUGGGAAGGAUCAAGAAGACACCAAGCAUGACGACACCACUGACUCAGA